AUGGAUAACCAGACAGAGGUGAGGAAGUUCAUCCUCCUUGGCCUGAGCAAUCUUCAAGGGCUACAACAAUUCCUGUUCAUGCUAUUUUUACUGCUGUACCUGUCCAGCCUGCUGGGGAAUACAGCAAUCAUGACUGUAGUGGUAUGUGAACCCCGGCUCCAUACCCCCAUGUACUUUUUCCUCUGUAAUCUCUCCUGCCAGGAUAUUUUCUACUCCACAGUAACCAUACCCAAGAUGCUGGCUGGCUUCCUCUCAGGGCACCAGAGCAUUUCUUACACUGGCUGCCUAAGCCAGCUCCACUUCUUCCACUUCCUGGGAAGUAGUGAAGCUUUGCUUCUGGCUGUCAUGGCCUAUGACCGCUGUGUGGCCAUCUGCAACCCCCUGCGCUACACCCUGAUCAUGAGUCCACGGGCCUGCCUGCUGCUGGCUGCAGCUACUUGGACUGCUGCCUUCCUUCAUGCUCUGAUGCACACAGUCAUGACCUCCCAGCUGCAUUUCUGUGGCCCCAACCACAUCCACCACUUCUUCUGUGACAUCAAGCCUGUGGUGAGGCUGGCCUGCGAUAGCAACCAGAUUAACCUGAGCCUUCUCAACAUCAUCACUGGGAGUAUUGUGAUAGGCUCCUUUGUCUUCACACUCUCCUCUUACCUGUACAUAUUUUCCUUCCUCUGGAUGAAAGUCCAAUCCAAGGAGGGAAGGAGGAAAUCCUUCUCCACUUGCGUCUCCCAUCUCACAGUAGUGGUCUUAUUCUAUGUCCCUGUUAUUUUUAAUUAUGUGCCACCUUCCUUGGGAAGUUCACCAAGGCAGGACAUGAUAGCCACCCUCAUGUAUAAUGUUGUCACAUCGGUCCUCAAUCCUUUGAUCUACACCCUGAGGAAUGUGCAGGUGAAAUGUGCCCUAAAGAGAAGACUUUUCUCCAGACAGCUACUAGUGCAAAAAAUGUUCUGCCUUGCAGCAUGUGUGGGGUAG